UGUUUCCAGUUGUAGCUUGACGCCAGGUCCUGGUGUUGAGGUUGUUUGAAGAACCUGCUGCAGAAACAAAUGAUGGAGUCCGUGUUGUGUUGCGCGUCGACGUGAAUAAAAGCGAUAAUCAGAUAUUUGGAGCUGCUGCUUCAUCAACAGCACCAUGUUGGCCAGGAAGGGCCUCCUGCCAGAUGGCUUCCUCCUGACCCGGCUGGCGGAGGACCAGAACCAGCCGAAUCGCAUCCGCUCCAGAUCGCAGAGAGCCCGCUUCAUCACCAAGAGCGGAUCCUGCAAUGUGGCCCACAAGAACAUCAGGGAACAGGGUCGCUUCCUGCAGGAUGUUUUCACCACCAUGGUGGACCUGAAGUGGCAGCACUCCCUGCUCAUCUUCACCUCGGCCUUCCUCUGCUCCUGGAUGCUGUUCGCUAUGAUCUGGUGGCUGCUGGCCUUCGCUCACGGAGACCUGGAGCCCCGCGACCCCAACGGCGAGCCGGGCCCCAUCCCCUGCGUCACCGCCAUCCACUCCUUCACCUCAGCCUUCCUCUUCUCCAUCGAAGUCCAGGUGACCAUCGGUUUCGGAGGCAGGAUGGUGACGGAGGAGUGUCCUCUGGCCAUCACCGUGCUGAUCAUCCAGAACAUUUUGGGGCUGAUCAUCAACGCGGUGAUGCUCGGCUGCGUGUUCAUGAAGACGGCGCAGGCCAACCGCCGAGCAGAGACGCUCAUCUUCUCCAGAAGCGCUGUCAUCGCUCCUCGAAACGGCCGGCCGACCUUCAUGUUCAGAGUGGGAGACCUGAGGAAGAGUAUGAUCAUCUCUGCCACCAUCCAGCUGCAGGUGAUCCGCAGGACAGUGACAGCGGAGGGCGAGGUGAUCCCAGUGUGCCAGCUGGACAUCCAGGUGGAGAACCCUCUGAGGAGUAACGGCAUCUUCCUGGUUUCUCCUCUGAUCAUCAGCCACACCAUGGAGAGAGGGAGUCCUCUGUAUGAGCUCUCAGCCCAGUCGCUGGCCUCCGAGGACCUGGAGAUCAUCGUCAUCCUGGAAGGUGUGGUGGAAACAACGGGGAUCACCAUGCAGGCCCGGACCUCCUACACUCCCGAGGAGAUCCUGUGGGGGAGACGCUUCGUCUCCAUCAUGACGGAAGAGGACGGCCGUUACUGCGUCGACUACUCCAAGUUCGGCAACACCGUUCCCGUCAGGAUGUCGUCUCUCAGCGCCAAGGAGCUGGACCAGACCAGGGGCGACCAGGCCGGCGGCUCCGAGCCCGUCAACCUGCAGGGCUGGGGGCUGGUCCGAGCUGGCAGGGGGGGCUUCCGCAGGGGAGGCCGGGCCUGUGACAGCUCCUCCGCCCCUCAGCCCUGGUACGCACAGGCAGAGAAACCGGAGAAAGAGGUGGAGCAGAGAGGAGAGAAGAAGAAGGUGCAGCUGGAGGUGAUUGGACGACAGAUUGAAGAUGAUGCACUGGGAGAUAUGAGCGACUAAGAGCCAGUGAACACAGCUUGUCCCAGUAUCACAACAUAUGGCAUUAUAUACAGUAUUCACAUGAUUGUCAUGCAUUAUAUCCAUAGACUCUGUGAAAGAAGUGGACGAAGCUACUAUUGGUUUGUAGCAACUCGAGUUUGGAAUUUUGGCCGUCACCAUUUUGGUUUUUCUUUUGGGUUUGGGUUGUUUGGCAAAAAAUCCUUAGGCAACUGAAAUUUUACAAUCAAAGUUAGGGGAACUGCUUUUUGUCAUUUUUUUUUGUCAUUGGGCAAGCAUCCCAAAACAACCUUUUAGCAUACUGUAAUUCAAGUGAUCUAAUGGGAAAAAAUAGAUUUCUGCACUUCCUUUUGGCUUUAUUUUCUUUCUUCAUUUUAAUCGGUUGUUCUACAAAUGCACAUGUGCAAGUCCCUUCAGACGGUGAAAGCCUGAUUCAGAUGGAGGAAAUCCUGCCGAAAAAUGUAUGAUCCCAGCAUUGCCAGCAGCUGCCGACACUGCAAAGCAAGAUGGAGUCCUUGAGUCUGAAAGAGAGGAUGGCAAUAAUUGCUAUAAAACACAAUGUUUCAAUAUCAGCAAAGUGUUUCUGCAAUAUUAAAAAAAUAAAAAAAUCACGUUCAUGUUUAUUUAAAUAUCUAGAGCCUUGAAUCACAGUCAGCCAUCUCAAAGAGCUCCACAAGUUUUAAAAAGCAACAACACUACAGUUAUUCUUAUAGUCUUCUAUAAAAUCCAUCUUCUUUUUGCAACCGGUGGAGUCGCCCCCUGCUGGCCAGUAGAAAGAAUGCAGGUUUAAGGCACCAUUCAGACCCCGAGGCUACAUCUACUUCUUUUAUACAGCCAAUGAUUCAGAAUGGAUUUAAGUCCUGAAUUGUUGAACUUUUCCCUCGAGAUGUUCUUCUUUUACUUCUCUAACGAUAAAGAUGGAAAUAAUACAGUAAAAGCAACUUUUCAAUGUUACUGCAGAUUAAAUUAAGACAAAACAGAAAAAAGUGUUUUUGUUGUUGUUCUUGGAGCUGUUUUACAGCUUGUAUAUUUUUGCUGCUCCUCCAUUAGUGUAUGGUAGUGUCCAUUAAGAGCACUUUCAAAUGUGAAAGUGCUUUUCUCGUUAGUGUCGUGUUUCUUCUCCUUAUCUCAAUCAAAUAAAACCCAGUGUUUAUAUGGUUCAUUAUACUGUAUAUAAGCCAUAUAAAGCCUAGCAUAAGUCACAUAAAGGCCAGUGUUGAUUUAUACAUAUAGCACGUGAUUUCCACUGUAACACUUCUGCUGUUGUUUAGAUAAAGUGAUAAUAAUCCUUAGAUUUAUGAAAAAUCUCUCUGUCUAUAAGUUGUUAUUUAUGUUUAAUAAAUUUAUUUUUUUAUA